AUUCAAUAAAAGAAAAAUCUUUGUUCAUACAGUACAUUCUUCUAACGAUUCCAUUCCUUUAUCAAGGGUAAACCUGCAUGAGAGAUUACCUCGAAUCAACCCUAAUUCCGUUGUAAUAUGGAUCACGUUAUUAAAACACUAAUUUUGUUUUUAUGUUCACACGUAUACGUUGUAAAACAGAUACACUAUUCAUCCCCUGCGAUGACAUACCCGAAACUCUUGCAGAAAGUCCCGAACUACACUUCAGCAUCGUGAGCACCGAAUCUCUCUGUGGUGAUGGAAAAAAACUGGAAUCUAGCGUCAACCAAUGCGAGAAGUGCGGCAAAUCUUACAAGCGACAUUGUUCGCUCAUCCGACACAAGAAAUACGAAUGCGACCAACCUCCGAGAUUCAAGUGCAGGUACUGUGAGUACUGGGCCAAAUACAGGACGCAUUUGCUGACGCACAUAGCCCACAGGCACAAGGGAAAGCUGAAGGACGUGGAUUAUUAGUUAUAAUAUAGUUAAGCAAUGGAAAACAGAAAACUCGAAAGUCCUGUUACAUAUAGUUGUAGGGAUGAAUUUUGAAUAAACGAAGUCGUGCGCUUGAAUUUAUGUUUCAAGUAGAGUGGCUCGAAAGCUCAGUACAGUAUUAUAUUUUUACCCCUGAAUACUGAAGCAAAUAUUAUAAAGAAAUUUAUAAUCAAACUACUGUAUCCAUUACUUUGUAAUAUCUCAGUAAUCGUGUAUUUUUCCAAUAUACCAUAAGUAUUUUGUAUGAACGUGCAAUUAUAAUAUAAUACAAUCAUAAUCUUCUGCAAUAAAGCGAACUGCAUAACUGUC